AUGGAGCAAAUGUAUAUGGAUUUGGACAAUGGAAAAAAGAAUGGUUUAUAUUAUUAUCGACGAUGGCAUCAGAUCGCACAGCUUGAAAAUUACUAUCGACGAUGGCAUCAGAUCGCACAACUUGAAAAUAGCGUGAAGGAAUUGAACGAGGAAUUAUGUCAAUUUUCCGAACAAUUACAUGCAUUUCAAAUGGACGUUUCAUCAGAUUUAAGUGUAGCAGAAGCAAAAAAAUUUGUCUAUAAAAAGUUACAGGAAUGCAAUAAAGAAUUGCAUGCAAUAGUGAAUAAUGCUGGCGUAAGAGGUAAUCAAUUUUACGACGAUUUGUUGGUACUCGAGGAUUACAAAGAAGUUUGGGAGGUUAAUAUAAUGGGUGGAAUUCGAGUUUGUCAAGCAUUUAAACAAUUAAUCAAGAAAUCGAAAGGCCGUAUAAUAUUUUGUGGAAGUGGUGCUACAAUGUUUCCUAUACCGGGAUAUGGACCAUAUGCUUCAUCUAAAGCAGCAGUUAUGACUUAUGCCGAUGUUUUGCGGCAUGAACUCAGAGCAUAUGGUGUUCAUAUUAUUGUUGUACAACCAGGAUCCUUUGAAAGCGGCAUGCAGAACACUCAGAAUUUAUUAACAAUGAUGGAUAAAAUAUGGUCACGAUGUCUUCCAGAAAUUAAAGAGGAAUAUGGAGAAGAUUUUAUAGUGAAAGAUUUGCCUGAGCUUGAGAGUAAAAGCAUAGUUGGACACCCUGCAGAUACCUCGGAAAGAUGGACCCAGUGUUUGAUUCCAGUUAAAGAAGUUGUGACAAAUUUGCAAUCAAAGGUAGUUUCGAACAAUACCAAAUGGGUCGAGGAUGCAUAUUUCCAUGCGAUAUCAGCUAAAUAUCCAAAAUAUUUAUAUCGAAUAGGCUGGGACACUAUCAUAUUCUCGGUUAUCGGAUGGUUUCCCAGAUCGAUGGAUUUUGCUAGAAAACCACUUGCCAAUAGAAGUGCACGUAGGUCAGCGGUACCUCUCAGAUUUUUGAAAGACAGGUUUAUUCCGGGCGUAGAACCCCAGCAACACCCCGAAAUGAGGGUAUUAAUUGACCAACUGACAAUGAUCCAAAUAGUUGUUAUUUUUUUCAUACUUCUACGACUGUAUUACAUCGACAAAAUCCAACUUAAUGGUGCUAAUGAUAAAGCUGUUCUGAUAACAGGAAGCAGUUCAGGUUUUGGUAAAGGUAUUGUCGAAAAAUGCAUGAAUAACGGUUUCACUGUUUUUGCAGCUUGUCGCACGAAACAAGGUGUGGAUCUAUUAGAAAAAUCAUUUGAAGACAAAAACAACAGGUUGAAGGCAUUUGUAAUGGAUAUUUCUAAUGAGGAACAAGUUGAAAAUGCUAGAACAUAUAUUUGCGAUGAGCUCGAACUAUUGAAAAUGGAUUUGCAUGCAGUAGUGAAUAAUGCUGGAAUACAAGCAACAUGUUUUUAUGAUGACAUGCUAGACAUUGCUGAUUAUGAACAAGCUAUGAAUGUAAAUUUCUAUGGGACGAUUCGAGUGAUUAAGGCUUUUAAAGAGAUUAUCAAAAAAUCUAGAGGUCGAUUAAUAGUAUGUACGAGUUCAUGUGUACGAUUUGCUUCACCUGGUUUAGGACCUUACACUGCUUCAAAAUGGGCACUCUCAGGCUACAGUGAAACAAUUAGGCAUGAAUUAAUAGAUUUUGGUGUCGAUGUUAUUACAAUAGAGCCUGGAAUUUUUUGUACAUCAAUGAAUGAAGUGAAGAAAAUGAUGAAAAUGAUGAAUGAAAUUUGGGCAAAAACUGAUAAAAACCUAAAGAAACAAUAUGGCCAAUAUUGUUUCAAUUAUGGCAAACGCUUCUACAUUAAAUUGCGAGAAGGCGCUCCUGUUGAUCUUACACCUGUAAUUAACGCUUAUUAUCAUGCAAUAACAGCAAAAUAUCCUUAUAAAAAUUAUUGUAUUGGCGUUGAUGCUGUUUAUAUAUAUCGCCCAUUCUCAUGGUUAUGCGCAAGGAUGCAAGAGAUCGUAAUGCAAUGGAUUAUUUGGAUAAUGGGUGCACCUAAACCUGAUAUUGUUGAAUGA